AUGGCGACUACCACUGUCACUGAAGUUCCUGAGGUAGAAGUCACCAACAAGACCACGUCUGAAGAAACUGAGUCCACAGAAAAUGUCUCUAAAUUUGGCAAGCUCAGGAGGAGGAUCACUAAGGGAAAUACCGAUGGGACAAAGAGGCCAUCAGACUCCAAGUGGCGUCAGCAACAGAUACCAGCUUGUCGGCCCGUCUUCUCAGCCAAACAUGUGUGUCUGGCAUUUGGUGUCAUUGGAUUUGUGUUCAUUUGUCUUGGAAUACUAUUCACAGUAACACUUGCAGGGCUUAAUGAAGUCAGUAUGGACUACACUCAGUGUGCACCAUCAAAUUCUGAUGUCAGUAAUGCCAACUUUUCGACCUGUGCCCAGUAUGUUGCCUGUAAGAGCAACUGCCGAGGCACACAUGAGGAUCUCGUUUGUUCUGCAUUUCUUAAUGCAUCAAAACUCAACGCGUCAAGCUCGUGUCAGCUUGAUCUCCCCGUGUGUCAGUGUCAAGUCAAUAUCACAUCAAGUCUACCCUUUCGCUCUCCUGUACAUGUGUAUUACGCCAUCAACAACUACUACCAGAAUCACAGGAGGUACUUGAACUCUUUGGAUCUGCAGCAGCUUCAUGGAGACUUUCUGAAGUCACCCACGGAAGAGUGUAGACCCAUUAUCCGUCAAAAUGGCACUAACCUUCCGAUUCUGCCCUGUGGACUUAUUGCUAAUAGCUGGUUUAAUGACACUAUUGUCAAGAUCGAAGAUACAAAUGUCACUGACAACCAAACCUACACCAUUGACACCACCGGCAUUGCCUGGGAUACAGACAAAGAAUAUCGAUUCAAUGCCACCUCUGGUGACCCUCAAAUCCUGAAUGCAAGUGAGAUAGCCAAGCCCCCUAACUGGCCUAAAGGGAUACUGGAUGUACCAAAUGGCCUCAACAACGAAGCACUCAUCGUGUGGUUCCGAGUCUCCGCCUUUCCCUGGUUCAGGAAACUCUAUGGCAGGAUUUACAGUGAAAUGCCCGCCUCCACUUACACUGUUACCAUCUCCUAUUCUUAUCCUGUGACUAACUUCAACGGAGAAAAGUCUGUGAUUCUGGCCGAGGUGUCGUGGCUAGGAGGGAGGAACUUGUUCCUGGGUGUAGCCUACAUUGUGGUUGGUGCCUUCCUUAUUGUGGCUGGGAUUGCACUGCUCAUCAUUCAUCUCACCUGCUCUAAAUGGAAAGAGACAGACAAGAACUUUCUCCAGCGAAGCUAUUAGUUAUUUAGGGAUCUAACAAUUUCCCCCCUAACAAUAAUUAUAGUGUUUUAUUUCACUCUUUUGAUAUACAGUAUAUUCUGGUGUGUACAGAUAAUUUCAAUCUCUGUGUGAACAUGAA